AUAAACUCACUCACACACCAAAAUACAUCUUAAACCCUAAAAUCUCUCACUCUCUUUUCUCUUCUUUGAUGGCUUCAUUUGCUAUAAAGUCAAUUUUUUGUUUCCUUGUUGCUGUUUUUUGCUUCAUUGACAAGAAUGUCGAAGCUAGAGAAGGUAAGCUCUUCUUUAGCAAGUUCACUCACUUAGAUCGUACUAACAACAAAAAGGAAGAUCUAAAUCCAGCUCCCGCUCCGGGCGUAGCCCAAGCCAAUGGAAGACUCGGUGACGGGGCUUUCGGGCCAGGUUCCGGUAUGGUUCCUCAAACCAAGGAGUCAUGGCCGGUUUCGUCUACAGCCACAGACGAGGAGUUCGAGAAAUUGAUGGCUAAAUUUGAGGAAGAAAAAAACAAGUUACCGGAGGAGUUCGAGGAGGAAGAAGACUCUGAAGAUCUCAAGGAGCAAAAGGAUAAUUAUAACAACUACAAUAAUGGAUACACGUACACUACUAACAAUUAUAAUGAUAAUAGAAGAGGUUACAGUAGUGAAGAAGAGAGACAAGGGAUGAGUGAUACGAGGUUUAUGGAGAAUGGCAAAUACUUCUACGACACACGAGGUAGGAACUCCGAAAAUACCCCUACUCGCGGGUAUGAGAGUGCUCGUGGAAACGAUCAUCCCAAUGAGUUUGAAACAAUGGAGGAAUACUACAAGAGCUUGGAAGGUAGUCAAGAGGAGUAUGAGCCUUAAAAAGAAGAUGACUUGUAUUUGAGAAACAAAAAAACUUUUGGAGUAAUUGUGAAAUCUCCAUUUUACUUGUCUUUUUUUAUGAAAAGUGAAAACUACAAAUACUUAAGUUAUACAAUAUCAAAAUUGAGUUAUGUCUAAUAUGUU